AUGGACUUCUGUUUCGGAGUGAAGGAUCCAAAUUCCAAUCGCAUUGCCCAGUGGUCCAGUGUCGGCAACAAUACAGAGGACGCCAUUAUCCUUGACUUUUCACAUCCAACUAUUACUGAGGCACCACAAGGAACAUAUGUGAUCAACGCUGUGACGGACGAAGGAAAAGAAAUAUCCCACAACUUUGAGAUCAAAGAGUAUGUUUUACCAAAAUAUGAGGUGAAUGUUUACCUGCCCAAUGUGGUAACCAUCCUGGAUACAAAUCUGACGAUGAACAUUUGUGGAAAGUACACAUAUGGAAAAUCUGUCCUUGGCAGUGUGAAAGCAGAGAUUUGUAGACAAGCAUUCAGGUUUCUGGAAAUCCCAGGAAACAAUUUGUGCGAAAGCUAUACACUGAUGACAGAUAAAAGUGGAUGUGUUACAGAAACUGUGAAUUUGGACAUGUUUUCCCUCAACUCAUAUGGUUAUUCUGACAGUUUGGAGGUAAAUGCUGAGUUGGAGGAAUUUGGCACAGGGGUGACUCUUAAAGGCACAGGGACAGUUGGUAUCACCAGUCAGAUAAUAACUACCACCUUUGAAGAUGUAUCUUCAUCAUACAAGCCUGGCAUUCCAUAUGAAGGAAAGAUCAAAGUGGUUGGUCCAGACAACAAACCUAUUUCCAAUCAGGUGGUCUACUUGUUUGUUGAAGACUCUAAGAAGCUAACGCUCACCACCGACCUGAAAGGCAUUGUUGUGUUUUCUCUUGGCACCACCUUCUGGAAGGAUUCUGUGUCUCUGCGGGCUUCAACUACAGAAAAAACAGAAACUGAACCUUUCAUCCCCAACUUAAGAAGACCAGACUAUGGGACAGCUUACCAGUAUGUGUCCCCUUUUUACUCCAAGAGCAAUAGUUUUUUGGGGCUCAAGCGGGUCGACGGGGGUUUACCUUGUAACAAAGAUGCUACUUUGAAAGUUCAGUACAUCAUCCAGAAGAACGAGCUGAUCGAUAAACAGACGACACUCAACUUCUUUUACCUGGUGCUGGCCAAAGGAGUGAUUAUGCGUCAGGAUCGUGUCCCAGUGGCUGUCACACCAGGAGAUGAUAACAAAGGACAGUUCAGCAUAACCUUGACUCAGGUGAUAAACCUGGCACCAUUUGCCCAGAUAGUGGUUUAUACGGUGAUGCCAAGUGGAGAGAUAGUGGCUGAUAGCCAGGACUUCCCUGUUCAGCUCUGUCUCAAUAACCAGGUAUCCCUUAAGUUUUCUGCCCUCCAGGAGCUCCCUGCAGAGCAAACCACAUUGACUCUGAAGGCUCACCCUAAGUCCCUGUGUUCUGUCAGAGCCAUCGACCAGAGUGUCCUGCUGCUGAAACCCGAGGAGGAAAUCACCAUUGACUAUGUAUACAGCCAGCUGCCUGUGCAGAAGUUAUCAGGAUAUUCUUAUGAGUUGGAAGACUUUGAGGCAUACCCUUGCUUUCCCAGGCCAGAGCCAUUCCCUAGGUUUAAAGUUCCGUCUGCAGCUGGACCAACACCAGAGCCAACGCCAAUGCCAAGACCAACACCAACACCAAAGCCUCCAUCAAGACGAAAACGCUCGCCUUUCCUUCCAUCACUGAGUCAAGUAGACGUCUACAGCAUAUUUAAAAACAUUGGAGUAAAAAUUGUCACGAACUCUAAUGUGAGGAAACCUUAUGACUGCUUUCCAUUCAUUUUUGAACUAGAUGGCCUUCAUAUGAGCUCUGCUGCCAGUGAACCUGAACGAGCUGCACAACCUGCACCACCUGGAAGUGCACAGGGGAAUAAAGAAACAGUCAGGACAUACUUCCCAGAGACCUGGAUCUGGGAUCUGAUCCCUGUUGGAGAAAAUGGCUCUGUGGACCUGCAGAAGACGGUCCCUGACACAAUCACUAAGUGGGCAGCUGGAGCAUUCUGUGUCUCGUCUGUGGGCUUUGGAGUGGCACCAAACACCAAACUCACUGCCUUCCAGCCCUUCUUUGUCAGUCUCACCUUGCCAUACUCUGUCAUCAGAGGGGAGGAGUUUACACUCAAGGCCACUGUCUUCAAUUAUCUUUCCCAGUGCAUUACGGUGAAUGUAACUCUAGCGGACUCCGACCAGUACACCUUUAAACCCUGUGAGGGCUGCAUGUACGGUGACUGUGUGUGCGGGGAUGACACCAGCAACUUCUCAUGGAUCGUAACUCCUACAGCUCUAGGUGAUGUGAGCCUGAAGGUCAGUGCCCAGACCCUGAACUUUCCCAUGCCAUGUGGUGAUAAGAUGACCAUCGUCCCGGAUGUGGGCCACAUCGACACCGUGAUCAACACCCUGCUGGUGGAGGCUGAAGGAACCCCACAGAUGGUCAGCCACAACGCUCUGCUGUGUCCUGCAAAGGGACCCGUGGAGAAGAAUAUUUCUCUGCUUCUGCCUGAGAUGUUUGUUAAUGGAUCAGCCAGAGCGACUGUCUCUGUCCUGGGUGACCUGAUGGGCCGUGCCAUGCAGAAUCUGGACAAGCUCCUGGCGAUGCCGUACGGCUGCGGCGAGCAAAACAUGCUGUUGUUCGCACCAAACAUCUUUAUCCUCAACUACCUGAACAGCUCUGGCCAGCUGACUCCAGCCAUUUUGGCCAAGGCAAAGGGCUUCCUGGAGAACGGAUAUCAGAGGGAGCUCAACUACAAGCACACCGACGGUUCCUACAGCGCUUUUGGGAACAGUGAUGAAUCUGGAAACACCUGGCUGACAGCUUUUGUGAUGAAGUCCUUCAGUGGUGCAAGUGUAUACAUCUAUGUGGACCCCAAGCAAGUUAAAGAUGCCAGGUCCUGGUUGUCUCAGCUUCAGAGGAAAGACGGAUGCAUCACAUCUGUUGGAAAGCUCUUCCAUAAUGACAUGAAGGGUGGUGUGUCUGAUGAAGUGACACUCAGUGCUUACAUAACUGCUGCCUUCUUGGAGAUGAAAAUGCCCACAGAUGAUCCUGUAAUGCACAAGAGUCUGUCGUGGCUCAAAGAGUCCAUCAAUGACUUCAGCAACACCUACACUACAGCUCUGCUGGCGUACGUCUUCUCACUGGCAGGGGACAUGGAGACUUGUGCUCACCUUCUGCAGCAUCUUGACUCAAUUGCAGUGAAACAAGGGGGUUCGACCCACUGGUCUCAGACAGCAUCAGAAGCAUCAGUCUCUCUGUCUGUGGAGAUUAGCUCGUAUGUGCUGAUGGCCAAACUCCCUCCCUCCCACUCUGCUGAAGACCUGGGCUACGCCUCCAGCAUUGUUAGGUGGCUGACGACUCAGCAGAACCAUUAUGGAGGUUUCUCUUCCACUCAGGACACGGUGGUGGCUCUUCAGGCUCUGUCCCUCUACUCCAGUCGAGUUUUCAGUCCAGAAGGUUCAAACACAGUGACAGUUCAGUCUCCCAGUGGAGAGCUGACAUUUGAUGUGAGUCAUGACAACAAACUGCUCUACCAGGAGAAGAUGCUGCAGGAUGCAACAGGAAAGUACCAUCUGAAGGUGAAGGGCACUGGAUGUGCCUCUGUGCAGAUUUCUCUUCAUUACAACAUCCCACCUCCUCCUGAGGUCACGACUGUGAAAGUGGAGAUAAAACAAGAAUACGACACCUCUCGGCAACCCAAACUCACUCUGGACAUCAAGUCCCUGUACAGUGGAGAAGAAGGCAUCUCCAACAUGUUGAUCCUUGACAUUGCCUUGCUUUCGGGAUUCGUCCCAGAGCCCCAGUCUUUGAAGAUCCUCAAAGGAGCUCCGCUGGUGAAUCGGGUUGAACACAAGGAUGGCCAUGUUCUGGUGUACUUGGAAGGGGUUAUGAAGGAUAUACCAGUCAACCACCACUUGGUGCUUUUACAGCAGGUCUUGGUGCACAACCUCAAACCAGCUGUAAUCACCCUCUAUGACUACUACCAGCCAAGUGAGAGGGCUGAGAGAGAAUAUACUGCAGUGUGACUGCUCAAGGUUGAAGAGCAAGGUGUGGUCAGUCCUGAUGCCAGUAUUGGUUCUGGUUUCAAGUAAACCGAAGAGGAAGUGUUUUAUUUUAUUUUACAAAAAAUAUGGUUAAAGUACAAUAUCCUCAUGUAUUAGUUGCAUUUCUCAGCUAAGACUGAUUUUUGUUAGUCACCUAUGUAACUUUAGAAUGAGUGUUUAUAUGCAAUUCAAGCACAAAGAACAGAGAAACACAAUAAAGAGAUCAGAAUAACCCUUGUAAAAAAA